GCAAGUCGGCCCCGCUCUUUGGCGUCAUCGCCAUACGGCGCCCGGCUCUAGCUCCAACCGCUACACGAGGCGCGAGGUUGUGUUUUGACGUCAUCUCCCUGCGCCUUCCCACCCCUUGAUUGUUCAAGCUCACGGCGCGCAAAGACCGCCCUUCUAUCUUGGACCUAGCCCUAGCUCGUUUGCUGCUGCUCUCUUCGAUCAUGUUCCCAGCCAUCCCUUCUCCAGGGACCCCGGGUCCCGGAUCCCGAAGGGUCCCACUGGUCGGAAUUGGGCCGAAUUCAACGCCCCGUGCGCGAAGCAGGAGGGGGCAGUCCUUGGGUUCUGCGGUCUUCUCCCCAGUGCUCUUCUCCCCGGUAUCACGGCGCAGCUCUCUCAGCUCGCGAGGAACACCUACACGGAUAUUACCACACCACUCUAUAACUGAGUCUGUGAACUAUGACGUGAAAACGUUUGGAUCAUCUCUUCCCGUUAAAGUCAUGGAAGCCCUAACGUUGGCGGAGGUUGAUGACCAGCUGUCUGUCCACAUUGAUGAAGGCGGAUGGGCUUGCCUGGUGUGCAAGGAGAAGCUCCUUGUUUGGAAGGUCACGCUGUCCCCUGUCACCAAGCUGUCUGUUUGCAAAGAGCUUCAGCUGCCACCUAGUGACUUCCACUGGAGCGCCGACCUGGUGGCUGUGUCUUACUCCGCUGCCUCAGGCGAAGCACAUUCUGUUCAGGCUGUUGCUGUCAUGGUUGCCACCAGAGAAGGAUCUAUCCGCUACUGGCCAAGCCUGGCUGGGGAGGACACCUACACAGAGACGUUUGUGGACCUGGGGGGUGACAGGACCUGCAGUUUCCUAACAGCAGUGCAGGGAGGGAGUUUUAUCUUGGCCUCUGCAGGAAGUCAACUAAUUCGGUUGAUACCUGAAAGCUCCGGAAAGAUUCAUCAGCACGUCUUGCCACAGGGGCAAGGGAUGCUGUCAGGAAUUGGUCGAAAGGUUUCUUCCCUUUUCGGAAUUUUGUCUCCUAGUAGUGAUCUCAUGCUUGCAGGUGUUCUGUGGGACGGAAGAAGGUCGAGCUUCUACAGCCUGACGAGCUCAAAUGUCAAUAAAUGGGAAUUGGACGAUUCCUCUGAAAAGCUGACAUACAGUUGGGAUUUACACAGAGUUCUGAAGGAAAAUAUCACUGAUGCUAUUUGGGGAUCUGAAAGUAACUAUGAAGUCAUUAAAGAAGGGGUCAACAUUCAGUAUUUGGACUUGAAGCAAAACUGUGAUGGGCUCCUGAUUUUGGCUGCAGCGUGGCAUCCGGCAGAUAGUCCUUGCCUCCUCUAUUACUCUCUGAUAACAGUAGAAGAUAAUGGCUGCCAGAUGUCAGAUGCUGUUACUGUGGAAGUCACUCAGUAUAACCCACCUUUUCAGUCUGAAGACCUAAUUAUGUGUCGGUUGAUGGUCCCUGACUUCUCAAACCAGACUGCCUAUCUAUACACUGAAAGUGCUGUCCAUGUAUGCUCCACAGGAACUGGGAAAUUUUCUCUUCCUCAGGAGAAAAUUGUCUUUAGUGCACAAGGAGAUGGCAUUUUGGGUGCUGGCUCCUGUGGCGGUGUUCCCAUCCUCUUCUCUAGAAACAGUGGCCUGGUGUCCAUCACGUCGAGGGAAAGUGUGUCCCUCUUAGCAGAAGACGUGGAGGAGUCCUUGGCCUCUUCAGUCACCGGACCAGGCAGUGAGAGUAUGGUGUUUGAGACCACCACGAAGAAUGAAACCAUAGCACAGGAAGAUAAAACAAAGCUUCUGAAAGCUGCCUUUCUGCAGUACUGUAGGAAAGAUUUGGGCCAUGCUCAAAUGAUGGUGGAUGAGCUGUUUUCUCACUCUGACUUGGAUUCUGAUGCCGAACUAGACAGGGUCGUCACCCAGAUCAGCGUCGACUUGAUAGAUGACUAUCCAGCUUCUGACCCACGGUGGGCUGAAUCUGUCCCCGAAGAGGCCCCUGGUCUCAGCAACACCUCGCUGAUCAUUCUCCACCAGCUGGAAGACAAGAUGAAAGCCCACUGUCUGCUCAUGGACUUCCUUCACCAAGUUGGCUUGUUUGGGCGCCUGGACACAUCUCUAGUCCGAGGGACACUGAUGGCAACUCGGCUGCUGCUGUGUGAGCACGCAGAAAAGCUGUCAGCCACCAUCGCUCUCAAGAACCACCACUCCCGGCUGCCAGACCUUGUGAAUGCGGCCAUUCUGAUUGCUCUGAACAAGAGGGAGUGUGACAUCCCGGGCAGCCUGACUCCUGCAGACGUCUUCUUUCGCGAGGUAUCCCAGGUGGAUACCAUCUGUGAGUGUCUGCUGGAUCAUGAAGAGCAAGUUCUGAGGGAUGUACCGCUGGACUCUGUGGAAUGGGCUGAGGUGGCAAUCAACGUCAACACUAUUCUCAAGGAUAUACUGCAAGCUGCUAGUCACUAUCGCCAAAACAGAAGCUCCUUGUAUAGAAGAGAAGAAUCACCAAGAAAAGAGCCUGAGUACAUUCCAUGGACAGCUACAGGCAGUCCUGCAGGCAUCCGAACAGCAAUCAUCCGUCAGCAUGGGGUCAUCCUGAAGACAGUUUACCCACAGGUGGACAGCCACCUCCGGAACACCUUGACAGAGCAGCUGGUCGCGCUGAUUGACUGCUUCCUGGAUGGUUAUGUUUCACAGUUGAAGUCCCUGGACAAGUCUAGUGAUCAAGAAAGAUAUGACAACCUAGAAAUGGAAUACCUGCAGAGAAGAUCAGAACUCUUGUCUGCUCUACUCACACUAGGCCAAUACCCUUGUGCUGCUUCACUAGCGGAGAAGUACUGUGACUUUGACAUCUUGGUACAGAUGUGCGAGCAAAUGGACAACCAGACCAGACUGCAGCGCUACAUGACCCAGUUUGCUGAUCAGAAUUUUUCAGACUUUCUCUUCCGUUGGUAUCUGGAAAAGGGAAAACGGGGCAAAUUAUUAUCUCAGCCCUUGUCUCAACAUGGACAGUUGGCAGAUUUUUUGCAAGCUCAUGAACACCUCAGCUGGUUACAUGAAAUUAGUAAUAAAGAAUUAAUAAAGGCUCAUGCAACGCUUCUGAGUUUGGCAAACAUGGAAACUCGUUACUUUGCAAAGAAAAAAACCCUUCUUGGCUUGAGUAAAUUGGCUGCAUUAGCCUCAGACCUCUCAGAGGACGCGCUGCAAGAAAAAAUCGAAGCCAUGGCUGAGCAGGAGCGUUUCCUGCUGCACCAGGAGACCUUGCCCGAGCAGCUGCUGGCUGAGAGAGAGCUGAGCCUCAGCGCCAUGCCAGUGCUGACUGCACCACAGCUCAUCAGCCUGUACAUCUGUGAUGAAAAUAGAAGAGCUAAUGAAUAUGAUUUUAAGAAAGCUUUGGACUUGCUGGAAUAUAUUGAUGAGGAAGAAGAUGUGAAUAUAAAUGACCUCAAAAUGGAGAUCCUUUGCAGAGCUCUGCAGAGGGAUAACUGGUCUAGCUCAGAUGGGAAAGGUGAUCCAAUUGAAGAGUCUAAAGGCAGUAUAUUUGUGAAAAUCUUACAGAAACUUUUAAAAGAUGGCAUUCAGCUCAGUGACUACUUGCCGGAAGUGAAUGACCUGCUGCAAGCUGAUCAACUGGGAAGCCUCAAGUCCAACCCAUACUUUGAGUUUGUUUUGAAAGCAAAUUAUGAGUAUUAUGUCCAGGGGCAAAUGUAAUUUUUUGUAGAAGUAGAAUUGUUUCUAAAAGUUCUUAAGUGUCCGCUUGUAAAAAUUUUAGGCCUUAAACAACUAGAAGUUUUUGUACCAUUUUAUAAAGUUUGCAGGUAAGGGUUUUUUUUGGUUUGUUUGAUUUUUGUUUGUUUGGUACUUGGAAGCUAAUAUUUAAAUAGUUAUGUAACUAUAAUUUUGGCUUUUGGUUACAUGAAUUUUUUUCCUCCUUUUCGCCAGCUGAAUUUUGUCAGCUGUUAUUAAACUUGAUGCCCUUUCUAAUUCACUUCGUCCAGUGGGGCUGUACUUCUUGUCCUGGUUCUGGCUGUUGGUGUGUACAAAUCACUUCUAGGUCUCAAAAUGUUCUUGUAAUUUUGGAAAAUUAUGAGAUUGCUCAAGAUGGUCUCUGAAGUUGCUGUGACACUGGGUGUUGUAUGCUGAUCUGGGGCACUUGACAUCUGUUUAGCUCAGGGCCAGUGGGAAAUACCUGUCUAGCAAGAUAAAUGUCAGAUUUAACUGGCCUCUUAUAAGACAAAAGAAACAAAGCAGAAUGGGGCUAAUUCUUGUGGGCUUGAUAACUGAUUAACUUUCCUACAUAAAUAACGAAUGGUACUAAUAGAAGCACUUUAAUGCUUAAAGUAUGCAUGUGGCUUCUCACCUACCCAUAACUGUCCUUAAUCGUACAGCACCGUGUGAGUUACAGUCUCUCAGUCCUGGGGUUCCCUUCAGGCCCAGUGUAUUUUCACAAUUUUUGCUGAGUUCUAGUUUCACCACAGUUGGCCCUAGUCACAAGCAUAUGUAAUGCUAGAAACUGCUGUGGAUUUUCCUAAUAUGGGCACUGAAAAGUGUUGUUCUCUUAAAACUUACUUGUCCUAAGCAAUCAUCACUCUGUUAUCUGGCUUUCAAUAAAAAGAUUAGCCAGGACCACACCUGGCAUAUCCACACUUUGGCCAAAGCCAGUGAUUACUAACUACCUUACUCAGACAGCCGGGAAGGUCAGAAAUUAAACUUGGUGAUUUGCCUGGCUUCUGAGCCCUCCCCUGGUGCCCUCUUACCUGGAGCUUCCAGUCCAGCUUUUGACUUAUUUGGAAGAAUAGACUAAUAGAGCUGUUUAUCUUGACCAAAAAAGGAAGUUAGCAGCCAGGGCCUUGACUUGUUUGGAAGACUAUGUUAAUAGAGCUGUUUCUCUUAACCAAAGAAGGAAUUGAGGAGCUGGGUCUUCUGUUCAUCAAAGAAUUAUGUAUGACUUUGCAUAAAUCAAGGACUAUGGUGACUGCUGGUAACACAUGACAGAUUCCUUUGGGCACAGCUGAGUUCCAUUGGGCCCUUGAGUGACAGCAUCAAGGUGUUGCCCUUGACUCUGAGCAAAGGGAAGGCAGCAGUAGGCAUGAGCUGACUUGAGACGCUUGGUGGUGACUCUUUAGAGCCUUGAGAGACAUGGGCCCUGAUCCUGUGUGGAGCUGAGACAAGCCUUAAGGACUGGAAGGUGUUUCUCCUCUUACCAGGGCUCUGGGCCUUGGCGGGGGUGGGGUGGGGAUGGGGUGUCUCUAAGAACAGGCUGUGGUCUGCAAGGCCGACUCACUGACUUUGCGUCCUGCUGGUUGAAGCCUCCUCAGAAACACCUAGGCCUUACCACCUAUUCCUGGGUGUUCUGUCCUGGUAACACCUGAAGAGAAGUAAGUUGCAUAUUCAUGUGUAAAAUACCACUCAUUAAAUACCAAAGUACAUUCUAAGAAGUAGUAUUAUGUUUAAGAAGAGGAGAAAACGAAAAACGUGUUACUAAAGCAUUUGGAAUAAAAUAGACCCUGUUAACUCCACCACCACCACCGCCACCCCCCACCGCCACAAAACUCUGGUUCCUGUUUGAAAUGUAUCUUAGAAUGUUUUGGAUUGUAUGUACUUUUUCAUUUUGUAACUCGUUUUCUUCCUGAGCUAUUGUGAGCACUUUUCUGCUUAAUAUCCCAGAGUUUUUCAACCUUUUUCCCAUUAUUGCCCCUCCAAAGGAGCCCUUUUGGGUAGUUUUCCCAGUUGCCUCCCAACCCAGUGAAAGUUCAACAGCAGCAUCUACUGUGUCUUUAUGUACCAUGACUUUUGAGGGGUGCAAAUAAAUGUAAAGGUUUUUUUUUUUUUUAUUUCCUAAGAACCAGUUGUUUCCCUCUUUGACAAUGAGUGGGUUGUUUUUGAAUGAAUGUUUUAAAUAUUUUUCAGGAUAUAAUGUUUUGAUGACUGCCUGACACUAUUGCAUGGCUGUGCUAUAAUUUAUAGCUCAUGCUCAAAAAUUAAAAUGGAGAUUAUUGAACAUUG